AUGGGUCUUGGCUGCUCGUAUUUUUUGCGGCCCUUCGCGUCGCGCCACGAGACCAAAAUGGUUCUACUGGGUCUCGACGCCGUCGGCAAAACGACGAUCCUCUACCAGCUUCGGCUCGGCGAGUGCGUCACCACGUUCUCGACCGGUGGUAUGAACGUCGAGACGUUCCAGUUUGAGAACCUUGACUGCACAAUGUGGGAUCUUGGCAGCAGUUAUCGCGUCUCGACAAUCAUCCACCACUACUACGAAUGCGCCGACGCGAUCAUCUUUGUCGUCGACGCCAACGAUCGUGCGCGCAUCGAAUUUGCUCGUCGCCAACUCCACGAAAUGGCAGUCGCCAACGAGCUCAAAGACGCAGUCCUUCUCGUCUAUGGCAACAAGCAAGAUCUUCCAAACGCCAUGAGCGUUUCCGAAUUGACCGAAGCACUCGCUUUGCACUCGGUUCCUCAGCAAUGGUUUGUUCAAGCGUGCUGUGCCACGACGGGCGAGGGCCUCCACGACGGUCUGCGCUGGCUUGCCACGACAUUAUGUACACAUUAGCUUACUAUUGAUGCAGAUCUCGCAUUUAUGCGGAAUGAUGCUGGCUUAGUUUGAACAAAAAACAGAGCAUCAAUAUUGUCAUUCAGA